CAGCGAGUUCAACUCGGGUAGCUUCAUACAGGUUGUGGAAUACUUACCUUCUCUGCUGAGCUAAGGGUUGUCAUUCUCCGGGAUUUAAUUUAAAAUUGACGGCCAGACAGAGGACUAAGCGGGUGGUGAACAGUAGUGCUGCUGGUCAAGGCAAGUAUGUUAUAAGAGUUGUUAUUUUUCGACGUUACAGUGCUGACCCAGUGAUUACGCAGCAUGCAGCAACAAAAGAGGACGUCAACACCCCAAAUUAAUGUAACCUCCAACCACAACAGUUAUUUCUGGUACUCCUUAAGGGAUUCUGCCUUCUGUUAAACAAAGGCAUAGACUCGAAAAGACAGAAUGGCUGCACUGCGUCGUCUGAGGCAGUGCCACCCCACAGGCAUCGCUCUCUCCAAAUUUCACACGAGCAGCCAUGCUUCUGCAAAACAGCACUACAAAAUGCUCGUUCUCGGAGGAGGAAGUGGAGGCAUUACAAUGAGUGCACGAAUGAAGAGGAUGUUGGGAGCUGGGAAUGUGGCUGUUGUGGAGCCCAGUGAGAUGCACUAUUAUCAGCCUAUAUGGACCCUGGUUGGUGCCGGUGCAAAAACGUUGACCUCGUCAGGUCGGUCCACUGCAAGUGUUAUGCCGUCUGGUGUGAAGUGGGUGAAAUCUAAAGUUCAGGAAAUAAACCCAGACAAAAAUACCGUCCUCACAGACGAUGGGACUGAAAUCUCCUAUGAUUAUUUGAUUGUGGCGCUUGGCUUACAACUCCAUUUUGAUAAGAUCAAAGGACUGCCAGAAGGAUUUGAACAUCCAAAGAUUGGAUCAAACUACUCGGUCGAAACUGUGGGCAAAACUUGGAAAGCUCUGCAGGACUUCAAAGAGGGAAACGCUGUGUUCACUUUCCCAAACACUCCUGUUAAAUGUGCAGGAGCUCCACAGAAGAUCAUGUAUCUAACAGAUGCCUAUCUCAGAAAGACUGGUAAAAGAGCAAAGGCCAACAUCAUUUACAACACAUCGCUCCCUGUGCUCUUUGGGAUCAAGAAAUAUGCUGACUCAUUGUGGGACAUUGUGAAACAGCGUGACCUACAAAUUAAUGUGAGGCAAAACUUGAUCGAAGUGAGAGCAGAUAAGCAAGAAGCUGUGUUUGAAAAUCUUGACAAACCGGGCGAAACCAAAGUGUUUCAGUAUGAAAUGCUUCACGUCACGCCGCCAAUGGGACCCAAUCUGGUGGUUAAAGGCAGUCAGCUGGCAGAUGAAGUUGGCUGGUUGGACGUCAACAAAGACAACCUCCAACAUAAGAAGUAUCCCAAUGUGUUUGGGAUUGGAGACUGUACAAACCUGCCCACAGCAAAAACAGGAGCUGCUGUCGCUGCACAGUCUGCUAUUCUGAACAGAACCAUCAGCAGAGUACUGAAAAAUGAGAAGCCAGACAGAACGUAUGAUGGCUACACCUCGUGUCCAUUGGUCACAAGUUACAACACAGUGAUCCUGGCAGAGUUUGACUACAACGGACAACCACUGGAAACAUUCCCUGUGAACCAAGCAAAAGAGAGCAGAAUCAUGUACCACAUGAAGGCUGAUGUGAUGCCUCACCUCUACUGGCACGGGCUGCUACGGGGCUUUUGGGGUGGACCAGCACCAUACAGGAAAAUCCUUCACCUCGGGAUGAAAUGAUACCAUCCAUUUUCAGGUUGAUACUUACAUUUCCUUCAGGGAAAGAAGUAGCACAUUAUCUUUGUCACUAUAUAAAAGGGUUGACACUUAGGAGCUACUACUUCUUUGGCCUCAACCUCAUGACUAAUCGUAACAAGUGUGAUCGAGUUAUCAUGCAUGUUUAAAUAUCUAGGUUUAAUCGACCCUGCAGCAAGUAGCUCCCUGUAAUAAGAAUUAUAUCUGAAUCUAUGUAGCUUUUUAGCUGCUAAUUGGAUGAUGUUUGGUUCAUUUGGUAGAGCUUAAAAUGUAAGGAUUGCUGGAUUGACCACCCCAGUUAUCCAACCAGCAAUGACAUUUUUAUAUAAGAUAACAAAGGUUUUACAGUUAGUCCCAAUGUCCAAAAGCGGAAUAGGGUUAACCAAGCUCUUCCAGGGUCAUGUAACCUCUUGCUGCACGUUAUAUAAGUUAAUGUUGCCUACCUAGAUCCAAGAAACUGACCCUUAAAAUGUUCACAUUAUAAAUUAACAGUUCAAAAUGCUGACAUUUUGGGGAAAUUACAUGAUCAUUUUUUUUUUCAGGAUAUUGGAGGUAUACUCAACUCUACAGCUGCAAUAUUUUUUGUUGACAGCAAUCAUAUCUCACAUUAUGGAGAAAAAAUGUGAGUUGUAUAUUGGUGAAAGUAUGCCAUUUUUCAAUUUCAUACAGUCUUCAGGUUGUCUGUGAAAAUAUGUUUUUCACAGUUCUACAUUUUGUUUGUUUUUUGUGCUUCAAACAUUUUAAUGAGGGAUUGUCUUCGGGAAUGACCAUUGCCAAACAAAUGACAAGUGUUUUUGUCAGAACAUAUUGUGAAAGAUAAUGCAAGUGAUUAAAUAAGCUGUAAUCCAAUUGGUGGUUAUACAGUCAUUGCUAAGUCCAUUAUUGUAUUAGGAUUAAUUGAUAUUUUGAUCAUUAAAAUCAACGUGUUUACAUAUAAACCCACUUUAAUCGAAAAAAAGAAAAAUAAAUAACAAUACAAAAAUCCUAAA